AUGGACCCUCAACAGUCUUCGAGGCUUUUUGCUUUACCUUGGGAACUGCGCCGUGCCAUCUAUAGGGACCUCAUGUCUGAUAUCGAUGGUGCACACAUCUCGUUCAAUCCACGCAGCGGGCUUUUCUGGUCACCAUGUCUCGGUGCCAAUGAUGAUUCCAUGCGCCAGUCAUCACGGCCCAUAUAUCACAACGGACCUCUGGAAGACUUCUCUAGUGCAUGGGUCGAGCGUAUGAGCUCAGACUGGGGCUGUCACUGGCAGUGCGAAGAGGAGGCGCGCAGCUCGGCCGACCUGUGUGGCGAGUCGCGAUGCUGCAGCCGUAUGCACUAUGAGUACGUGACUGUCAUGAUGGAGCAUGGAUCCAUUCAUGUGACGGAUCUCGCAGUCCUCGAGCAUCUCGUCGGCAGUCCCGUGUCUCGGGUGCCAGCCGGAACACCAAGUAUGGGGCGGCAGCAGGAUAUCAUAGGUUCCAAUGACCUUUUCUUUGGUCUACGGACCCUGGAUAUCUCGCUGCGCCUCAAUCUGGCAUUUUUUGUGGCCCUGGACGCUUCGGCCCCCGAUGACCGGGCAGUGGAUGUCACAGGUCGACCAGAAUCUGAGACGGAGACGGUGGGCGCGGCUCGUGUCCGACUGGUUAGCCAUCUCGCUAUAUGGAAACGUCUACCACAAGUUCUCGGCAGCUUUCCUCUUCUAAUCCAAACAGAUAUCCGUCUGGAUCACGACGAUGUCUUGCCAUGGGCACUGAUCAACGAGCACGCCGUCUUCAAAGAGUUUGGGCAGCCGAAUAGCUGCUAUCAGACUCAGGUAGACGUCACCUUACCCCUGCUGCUGCCAUCUGGCUUGGCGGAUCCGACGAGACAUUUAAUGGUCGGUGUGAUGGAGAACAUCGGACCGGGCUUCCGGAUCCAUCGGCAAAGACGUUUCCCCUAUGUGGUAGCCAAGAAUGCGACGGGAUGGGACAUGAUACGGACGUGUUAUGAUCGAGAGUUCUCGCAUGCAAACAGCCUCGACGAGUAUCUAGAUGAACUUCGAUUGUAUGGUACUCCAUUACAGGAUCCCGACGAGUUACAUCCCGAAAUCUCAUUCGGUCCUCACCUUCUCGAUGAAUUGCUCACUUGGAGACCCCCGGCCGAGGGAAACGAAGAGAUCGUAUAUGAAGACUUACCAUCAUGA